ACUAGUUUGCUUUUGGAGAGAAUUCCGACGCCUGUAGCUGGGGCAGACAACGUUUCUUCAGUAAACCAAGAAUCUCAGAGUUUUAUUGUACUAGAAGAAACAUUGUUGGAUGACUUGCUAAAUUUUGCUGCCACACCGAAAGGUCUUCUCCUUUUACAGAACACAGGAACAGUCACUGAAUGUGUAACUUUCAUGUUCAACAGGUUCAUGAAGAACCUUCAGGCAAGUGGAUGUGAAAAGUUUGGCUACGGAGUAAUUGUUUCACAAGUAGCUGCAACUGCCCCUGGGGCUGUAGCUCUACAAAAUUCGGGAUUUAUAAAGGCCCUUGUUACUGAGUUGUGGGGUGUUCUGGAGUGUGGAAGAGAUGAUGUCCGAAUGACUCACCCCAGAUCAACACCAGUAGAUCCGAUUGACCGAAGCUGUCAAAAGUUUUUUCUAGCUCUGAUAAAUUUGCUGUCCUGCCCUGCUGUUUCUGAACUGAUAGGUGAUCAAGAGAUACCUAAUAAACCAGAGUAUUCUCUUCGUGAAGGUCCUACAGAUAUUAUUGAUAUAAUUGACAGGCUUAUAGUUGUUAACUCUGAAGCUAAAAUCCAUUCAUUAUUCAACUACGAGCAGUCCCAUACCUUUGGGCUGAGGUUAUUAAAUGUGCUGUGCUGUGAUCUAAAUACACUUCUACUUUUAGAAUCUCAGUAUAAGAUAUCAGAAGUGCUUUUAGAUGCCCAAAAAGAAAAUGCCAUCAGUAUUUCUGAAACGUCUUGGGAAUUCAUCAUUGAUGGCUUAUCAGUCGAGAGAAACCAUAUUCUUGUUAGAAUAAGUCAUGUUGGGGGUCCAACAGAACGGAUCUUGCCUCCAAGAAUAAUGCAUAAGGGUGAUGAUCCAUAUCCUUGGCCAAUGUUUUCAUCAUACCCUUUGCCAGCAUGCUAUCUUGCUGAAUUUCCUAGAAAAAACAAUUCAAGGCAAGAUGACGAUGUUAGCAAACUUUUAUCUGCAUUAAAGAAUCCAGAUAAACAGGUGGGAUGGAUUGAAAAUGUCCAAAAGCAGUUUUGUGAAAUCAUGCAAAAGAAACCUGAUGUCCUAAGUGGAGCUG